UGUGCGUGCUCUGACAGCGGAACCCAAGGACCCAGUGAGAGGCUAACGGCUAGAAACCAACAUUAUAAGAUGGAGGUAGAACAGCUUCUGUCUCUGUCAGGCUCAGCACUGGCCCAGGCUGUCAGCUCUCUGCUGGAGACCCCAGGCCUCUACGUUUUCUCUGAUAUCCUGGAGCUGCCUAAUGUCAGAGAGCUGGAGAAUGGCCCUCAUGCACCAGUGUACCAUCUCCUCAACCUCUUUGCCUAUGGAACCUACUGCGACUACAAAGAGAGAGCAGCCUCACUUCCAGAGUUGACCCCAGCACAAAGAAACAAACUCCGUCAUCUCUCAAUUAUUAGCUUGGCUUCCAACCUCAAGUGCCUGCCAUAUUCACUGCUCCUUCAGCAGCUCGAGCUAAAGAACGUGCGAGAAUUGGAGGACCUGUUGAUCGAGGCUGUCUACUGUGACAUCAUCCAAGGCAAACUGGACCAGAGGAACCAGCAGGUAGAGGUAGACUGCAGUGUAGGUCGUGACCUUGGCCCCAAUGAGCUUCCAAACAUAAUCAACACGCUGCAGGAGUGGUGUACGGGGUGUGAGGCAGUCUUGUGUGGUAUCGAGGAGCAGGUCUCCAGGGCAAACCAGUACAGAGAGAACCAACUAAAAGUCAAAGUCCAAGUGGAAACUGAGGUCUCAAACUUACAAAAAACGUUAAAGGCCAGCGCUGCGUCUCCGUCGUCAGGCCCCGCCCCUGCUGGAGCCGCUUCCAAUCAGGAUGCAGACCAGGCAGCUGAGCCACGAGACCCCGCCUCCUCUCAGGAACCACGACAACCAGGCAAAAAAGCUUCAAAGGUGAAAGGGCUGCGAGGCAGUGGGAAGAUCUGGUCCAAGUCCAACUGAGGACAAAAGAUUAAGGUGCGAGGACAGCAGCACUCUUGGACGCUUUCUAAUUUACGGACACAUUGGCAUGUUGACGGACAGACAGACACUUUAAACAAUGUGACCACUCAUGGAUACCCUCCUCACUUAUACUUCUGCAGUACAACCACAAAGCUUCACUGGGACUUCAAUCACCAGAUCUAACCUUUCUGGAUUCAGAAAUACACACCUGGCUGAUGGAUAAAACCUGUGACUUUCACUCUUGCAUCUGUCAAAAGCCAGGCAGGCAGACUGUGGGUGUAAAUACACAGAGCACUUGUAAGAUGUGAGGACACAAUAGUCUGCAGCAGGAGUCGGUUGCCUUUGACCAGAAACAAAAUCAGUGUAUU